CUCCUAGACUAGCCUUCUACAGUAUUUCCAUUUGUUGUUUUCCUCUACUUUUUCAUUUUCAGUGACCUAUUUUUCCUCAAAAGAAUUAAAGUAAAAUAAAAUUCCCAAGAAAAAAUCAGGGUCACCAUUGUCUCCAGAAGUGGAAAAAAAUGAGGCAAGGAACUGAACCACCAUUUUGUUCUUCUUCUCCUUCUUCACUCACUCACCAGGGGUAAGAGUUCUGAGCAUCAGGUAAUCCGUGUGGCUAAGUGAAUUUGAAGCUAUUGUUGAAGCUAAAAACCGAUAAGUAGUAUGGAGAAGUGUAAAGUUGAGGGUAAUGUCUCUUCUAACGAUGGCAUUAGCCAUGGGCUCGCUUCCUCGACUGGUGAGAACAAAACAAAUGUACAUAAUCGUAGAGAUGCUGAGGUUUCUACUGUUUCAUCAGAAAGGGUAAAUGCACAUCAGGCUUCUGUAAAGAGCGACUUGAGCUCAGAUACCGGGAAACCCUUUAAUGGAAAGAGGAAAGAUCUUGAUUAUUCAGUGAUGGCAGAAGCUAGUCGUGGGUAUCAUACUACCAAGAGGGCUUUCCACAAUAAGCUACUGAAAACUGAUUCAACGUCAUCUAAAGAAAGUGGUGAAGUGUUUCAGCUAAGUUCAGUUGAUUCUACGGAUCCUAUACCAUGUCAGUCGUCCAAUGAAGAUUUGGUUGAGAGGAAGCCAUGUCUAAUUCAGUUACACGAAUCAAAAAUUGUUUUCCGAGAGCGAGAAUCAUCUGUAACUGUAAAAUCAGAAUCUAAAGCUGCUGCUUUCCAAAGUUCACAUCAUUGUAACUUUGAUCUGAAUGAAGGUAUAGAGGGACAUCCAGCAGAAUUUCAGAAAAUUCCACCAAUAUCCGUGGUGGCCAAGAUUGGGGUUCCUAUGGGCUUGCCUAAGAAGCCAUUGCAAUUUGGUGGAAAGCUUGGGUUGAAGAGAUCUGGCAGUAUCAGUGCUUUCUGCCCCCACACUUAUUUCAAGAAUCCUGAAAGAGGAAAUAGAAGUUGCAGUAAUAGAGGGAUCGACCUGAAUGUUGCCGCCACAUUGGAUUCCGAUUUUUUUGCUGAAGAGUCUUCUAUGAACUUCACUUCAAAGCAGCCUGAAAGAUUCCUCCUUGACCUGAAUUGCCAAAGUGAAAAUGAUGAAAAUCACCACAAACCAGGUGCACCAAGUUUUGAUUUAAACGACAAUCUUAUGAUGGAGGAUACACGGAAAAACACUCAUCAUAAUCGACACAGUGAAAACCAGCAGCUGGUCAGAAAAAGUGGCGCUGCUGACACAGUAACUCGUUUUGGGGGAAAUGUCAAUCAACCCGAGUUUGAAAUGAGAAGACCUUCGUACUGGGUAGAUCUGAGUUGUAUGCGAGGUGUUACUCAUGUUCAACCCCACCCUUAUCUUGUGGCUGGCCCUGCAGCUGAACAAGUGCAGAUGGUAGUACCUUCUGGACUUUAUUUUGGAAAAGUAAACAAUUUGUCCCCUACAUUCUACCCUCCUAGUGUCCUACCACACCUUAAUAAUCAGCAUGGCAGCGUUCCGAUUCCCCAAAUCUCCGGUUCUGUUCUUGCAGCCUACCCCGGGGCUGUUCAAUUCCUGGAAGGUCCUCAGGGAAUGCACCCUCAUUCAUUAACAAACAUGAGACCGACUUUCUUUCCUAAUGGUAGUAUACCUUUUAUGGAGAACGGAAGCAGGGGAGUAAGCAACACGGAGCUUUUGAUUCCUGUGAGGAAUGGGUUGUUCGAAGCGAGAGAAAGGGCAGUUGAACAGGCUUCUCAAAUUAAUUACAGACAGAUGGCCUCUUGGAACUAGGUUUAAGGUUGGAAACUCUUAUUUGUCUGAUCUAACAGUCAUAGUGAUGCAAUGUACAUAAUGGACUAGUAUCUAGAUUGUAGAAUGUUAUCGAUUGCUUAUGGGAAAGUCUUGACUACAGUUAUAACUGGUUUUUACUACACAAUUUGCUUCAGAUUGGAAGACACUAGACAGGCGUCGCGUCACCAUAUAUGUUAUUUACUCGAUUCUCUGAGCCGGUGAAGUCACGUUUAUUGAAGUUGGCUUAACCUUAGUAGUAAUUGCAAGUGUUUGAAUCUGUUUUCUGACAUUAAGGUUAGUUUUGUACACACUACUAGUUUGCAGCUCUUCAAUAUCAUCUAGUAUUGUUUUUGGCUUGAA